UAAUGAGACCAUAAUUAUUAACAUCUCCUUAACCACCACCUAAAUAAUUUAUCAUUCCACAAUAAAGACCAACUUAUUAUUAACCACCCUAUCAACCUCAAACUUAUAGAAGACCACAACCAGCUUUUGUAAUUUAUACCUAACCAUAACCACAAUAAUACUAAUAUUAAUCAUCUAUAUAAGUCAGAUAAUCCUAACCAGUCUACACUGUUCAAUCCCAAUAAAUUUACUAACCUAGUCCUGUUAGAUAAUAGCGAAAUUCUAUUCAUUAAUAACAAAUCCCAAUUGUUAAUUCUAUCAAUCCUUAAUACUCUAACAAUUAAAAAUUAAUUUAUCCAAGUAAUUCACAAUAAUAAUAAACACUACCAUAAACUGCUCCAAGAUAUUCAGUACAAAAACCUUAAACAUAUACACUUCCUAAUCAAACUAAUCAAUAGAUUUUUCCAUAAUAAAAUUAUCACCAAACAUAAUAAUAACCACUCCAAUAACAAACACCUUAAAUUAAAUCUAUUUAGCCAGUCAAUACUUUUUAAGAAGAUGAAUUAGAGAAGAGAUUCUAAGAUGCUAUUGAUAGAACUAGAGAUUUAGUAUAGAAAUAUAAUCCUUUAGAUUAAAAUAAAUAACAAUAAUAAUAAUAAUAAUAAUAAUAAUAAUAAUAAUAAUAAUAACAAUAAUAAUAAUAAACAUAAUUAGCAUUGUAAUACGAAGAUGGAUUUAUAUAUAGAGGAUAAGGAUAUGAACCUGCUGUAAGGGAAGGUUUUGGAGUGCUUACUGAUCAAUAUGAGAAUGAAGUCUAUAGUGGAUAUUGGAAAGAUAAUUAAUACCAUGGUUAAGGAAAAUUAAUCAAUUUCUAAGUUGAAUAAAUUUAAGGACCAUAUGAUUAUAGAGAUCUUGGUAAUAUAGAGAAUGGAUGGCUGAGUUAUGAAGGUUAUUAGUUUAUAGUUUAAUUUAGGUGAUUUUUAUGAAGGCAAAAUGCAUGGAAAAGGAAUUCUUGUAUUAACAAAUGGAGAAUAAUUUGAAGGAGAAUUUAACGAUGGCAUGAUAGAUGGUUAAGGAAUAUAUUCUACUUCUGAUAGACAUGAUAUUAGAGGAGUAUGGAAAGAUGGAAUUUUAGUAGAAUGAUU